CGAAGCUGAGGAGCUCAGUCAACCUGCAGCACGGCAAGUAGACGGGUCGACCGACUGCAACAGACACUAAACUAGUGACGGAGAAAUUCAGUCACUUAACUCUUCAGACUUUAUCGUAAUUUUGUAUCUUAUAUUAUGGCAAUGUACGAAUUUGAUUUGUCUCAAGCUCUGGACAGUUCCUUCGGAUCUGAUGACAGAGUAUUUAAACCCUACAGCUUCGACAAGAAGAGUGUUCAAGAUGAGACCAUCAAACUUGAGGAAGGACUGGAAUUGGUGGUUUCCCACAACCCAAGAACCAUGCAGGGUGUCGCUACCCUGCUGCUUGCGGUGAACAGGAUGAAAAACUCACAGACUCUGAACGGCCAGGAGCUCAGUAACAGUGAAAUCUGCAGAGCGAUCAUGGACAGCGUGGUAGACGAAACAAUCGUCAAGGGGGUCAAGAUCUCCGCCACGGGAGAGAGGAGAUUUGUCUUUGAACGCAUCAACAGUCUUGAGUGCACUCUGACCGACAACUCGCAGAAAGACAUCAUCUGCACAUCCGAAGACCUAAAACUGCAGGCCGUCACUCUGAAAGGAGGAAACUGCAGUCAUAAAGUGAAUUUCAAACUGGUGCAGUACAUCUCUCCGAAUGACGGUCAGACUGUCGUUUUGUCAAUUAGAAACCACAACUUCUACAUUUCCUGCUCGAUGACAGGCGACAAGGCUGAGCUGAAUCUGGAGAAAUGCAGCGAGGAGGACUUGAGGUCUGAUCCAGACAUGAAGCGUUUCCUCUUCUUCAACAGAGAAGGACCAGAAAUCUGUCUGCACACAUUCGAGUCUGUGAAGUACCGCGGUUGGUUCAUCAGCACCGCCUACGAGAAGGAAAACGAGCCUCUGGAGAUGUGUCGAGUGGACUCUGCCUACCGUCUCACCAAGUUCAAAAUCAACUAGAAAUAUUGUUUUUAUUAGCUGAAGGAGAGGUGUACAAUUUGAAUGUACCCAGAGUUAUGCUUUAUUGUACCUGACCACGAGAAAGGGCCAUCACCUGCAGUAAUACUGUGAAAUCUGUGACCUAUAGAUAACUAAUAAUUCAUUGUAAAUCACAAAAAACCUGCUGUGUAAGCUGUAUCUUCUUUGCUGGGAGAGCGUUGUAACAGGAUAUUCCUAAAAAUGUAUUCUCAUUUUGUUUUUUAUUAUUAGUGACCGUUAAAUUUAGUUCAUUAUUAUUCAUCUGUCUCGUUAUUUUAAAUAUGUUAGUUUCAUUUUUAAGUGAUACUCUGUUUUAUUCUACGAAAAUGAUGCUGAAAAGUUAUUUGCUGACUAUGCCUGGUUAUAUGAAGAAAAACUGUGUUUCCUAUACUUCUUUGUUGUUUCUGUUUCAUUAAACCUUUUUUUAAAAAGUCAUUAAAGCUUUUUAAAACACA